ACAACUUCGAUCGUCUCAAAAUACAACAUACGGGUUUCGUUGUCGUGGAAGUGUUCGAUAUCAUACGAAUUACAAUCACUCUUGAGUGUUGAUUCUAAUCAAAAUGUUGACCAUGAUUUGUUUUCUUUAGCAGAGGAAAUCAAGCACUGAAAAAGAUGUGGGUUUCCUUGGACUCAAGGAGGAACUUGAACGUGAUUGGUUCGUGGAAGAUGAAGAGGAUGAUGGUUCAGGGUAUGUAGAAGAUGACGAUGAACAAGAUGUCGACGGUGAUAAGGAUGAAGAAGGUAUACAGGAAGAUGAAGGCGGAGAUGUUGAGGAUGAAGGAGAUGAAGAAGAUGAUAUGAAUCGUGUGCAUCGGCAGGUCACUCAUGGGUUUCAUUUGGUUGAAGGAAAAAUGGAUCACCCUAUGGAAGAUUAUAUAGUGGCAACUAAUAGGAAAGUCAGCGGCCAUCAUCUGGGGUUAUAUGCGAUUUUUGACGGUCACUCUAGUCGCAUGGUAGCAGAAUACUUGCAAAGCAAUCUGUUUGACAGGAUACUGAGUGAGCCUGAUUUCUGGACAAGCCCAAAAGAGGCAAUCAAAAGGGCAUACAGGGAUACAGAUGAUGAGAUCUUGGAUAAGGUAGUUGGUUCGCUAGGAGGAUCAACAGUGGCAACAGCAAUUUUGGUAGAUGGGGAAAAGCUAAUUGUGGCCAAUGUUGGGGACUCCCGAGCGAUAUUGUGCAGAAACGGUGAAGCAAAGCAAAUAACUUUUGACCAUGAGCCACUAAAAGAGAAGCAGCAGGUUGAGAGUAGAGGAGGGUUUGUCUCGCAGAUGCCAGGAAAUGUCCCUCAUGUUGAUGGUCAGCUCGCCAUGGCAAGGGCAUUCGGCGAUGAGAGACUGAAGGAGCACAUUACUGCGGAGCCAGAUAUAUUUGUUGAGGCGAUAGAUGCAAACACUGAAUCCAUAAUAUUGGCAAGUGAUGGUUUGUGGAAGGUGAUGUCGAACCAAGAAGCGGCCACCUGCAUCAAAGGGUUGAGCAAUGCUCAAGAAGCAUCAAAGGAGUUGAUUAAAGAGGCACUAUCAAGAAAAAGCCGUGACGACAUCUCCUGCAUUGUAGUGAUAUUUGACUGAUCCCGUUCAGUUUCUCACGCUAGCCACUGUAAGUAUGAACACUUGAGCUUG